CUUCAACUUCAAUACAAAAUACACCAUUACCUGAAAACCUGACUCCUAUAGGCGAUCUAAUUUCAUUUGAUAAAAAUAUACCAACAUACUACCUGAAUGUGUCAAAUGUACCAGUAGUUGACUUUUUAACUAAUGAGCUAAUAAAAUGGUUAACAAAACCAGGAAUAAAAAAUAAUAAAAAAAUCAGAUCAAAACCCAUACCAAAAACAGAAAAAGAAUGGUUCGAUCUAAUGGAAUCAAAUAAUAACAAGCCUAAUUUGGAUAUAGAAGUGCUUUGGCCAAUUUCAUUUCCAGAUAAUAAAGAGCAUUGUGAAUUUACAGAAAUUGAAAAGCUAAAUUUUGAGGCCGGAAUGACUGAAGAACGAGCACAAAGAAUAUUAAAUACAAUUGAUAAUUAUGAGUAUUUAAUAAGAGUAAAAUUCAUUCGAGACAAUACAGUAAUAUCAGUUGAGAAAACAAAAAGAGGCUUUAAAAUUAUUGACAAAUAUGAGCCUAUUUGUGAAUCAAAAAAGGCAGAAAUAGAUGAAAAAUUUUUGGUUAGAGAAGUCAGUGAGCAAUCUGAGGUAGGGAAGCUUGACAGUAAUGCAGUAGUAUAUGGAUUAUAUCGAAUCCGAAAGCCAGAUGUCAAUCGAUUAAUACCUAUGAAAAAUAGAGCACUUAACUGGCAUGGACUCACAGAAAUUCGUCGGCAAAAAAUAAAUGAUUGGGAGAAAAAAAUGCGUAUUCCAGGUGCUCGAGUACAAGAUGUAGCAGAGUUAGAAAAAAUUCUCAAGCAACCAAUUACAUUACUGGAUAUUACACAUAGCACUAUUUUUAAUAGAAAAAAAUAUCGAUCAGUUGAAUAUUAUAAAGACAAUACUUGGAAAGCUAUCAAUAAUGCCUUUCAAGGUCCUCAAACAAUCUGGCUUAUGGGAGUAGGAGAUGAAAACCAAAGAGUUUCUCAAUUUGUUUUAGAAGAUGGCCAUGUAUUUAGGACAUGGAUAAAGUAUACAGAUAUUAUAAAAGCAUAUAAGGAAUUAUUUGAAGACAUGGUAAACUGGCAAUUUCAUAAAAAUAUAAUUAAUGAAGAAAAAAAAUUGAUUCUUUUAAAGUCUCUCAAAGUAGUUGACUUAGCAGAGCAAGUAUUUGGUGCAAACCAUGCUGGAAGUCAACUUGCCAAUGAAAUUAAUAAAUGGUGUCCAAUAUCUGAAAAAAUAAAUGAUGUUAUAAGACAGGCUUGUGUCGAGCAUGGGCAUGGUGGACGCUAG